AUGCUUGAUCAAACGUACGAGGGUUCUAACAAAAGUUUCAUGGCGCUACGAGUGUACCUCGCGUUAAUGGUGCUCAUUGAACCCUUGGUUCCUUCAACAUUUGUUCACGUAUUCUUGUCCAGUAUCACUGGUUCUGAAGCAAGCAGCAGUCUUCCGUUCAAGUGUUCGCUGCGAAAUGGAGAUAGCGGAAUAUGCGUUGUGGUGGACCAGUGCCCAUUCGUUCACUCUGGGUUGAUGCUGCAGAAAUUGGCGACCGGACGUCUGCCUGAGCGAAUCGUGGAAAAGCCGACUGUGUGCAACUUCGAUUUCUACUCUGGUGAAGCGUAUGUUUGCUGUCGGGUGUCGUCGUUCAUGUGUGGACGGUACCGGAAACGAAAGCAGCAUUUGGUGAAGCAGAGGCGGGAAUCAAACAAUCAAUCUGACAUUGAAAGGAUUGAGAGUGCACGAAGCGUAGGUCUAGGAUCACCAGACACUUCAUUACAGACGAACAAAUCGAACAAGACUUGCCCAGGGAAUCCCGAAUUCCGGCCUUUAAUCGUGAACGGCAUUCCCGCGGAACCGAACGAAUUCCCCCAUAUGGUUGCUGUGGGAAAGUACCUAGAUGGGAAAGGCCUCAGUUUCGUGUGCGGAGGUUCCCUCAUCAGUGAGCAAUGGGUUCUGACCGCUGCCCACUGUUUUAUCGAUGACUUGAACUUCGUCCGCAUCGGUGAUGGCGUACAAGAGGACCACAAUGUGUUCGACGCUACGCGGGAUUUCUACAUAACCAAAUACGAAAUCCACCCUGGGUACUUCGCGAUGAAACACGGGAAGUACUAUGACUUGGCGCUUAUAAGGUUGUCGGAGGAUUUGGGAGGUCCACUUCAGUUUUCAACGAGUGUUUUUCCUGGAUGCUUGAGCCAGUUUCCGCCGAACCUCAUCACUGAAGAAGUUCAAAUCAUCGGCUGGGGAUUAACAGCUCCGUAUGGCCACAAGAGCAGAACAUUGUUGAAAACUUCGGUUCCUUUAUUGAACGAUACCGAGUGUUCCGAUAUAAUCCGAAACAAUAAUUUGCUGCAGCGGAACUAUAAAAAAGGAGCAGGUCAUGGUGUCAUCUGCGCUUUGGACCAAGAAGGUGGAAGUGAUGCUUGUCAGGGAGAUUCAGGAGGUCCAAUGAACAUGUUGGACGAAGACACCUGCACGUAUGAUAUCGUAGGAAUUGUCAGCAAGGGCGUUGGUUGCGGCUCUAGAAUUUUCCCGGGAUUGUACAGUGACGUUUACUAUCAUCUCUCUUGGAUCGAAAGGAUUGUUUGGCCAGUUGACGACAUACUAUCUCAAAUUUAAACCUGAAUGUAUUCUCAAGUUUUUUCAUGUUACAAAGAUUGGUUUCUCUUGCAUACAUUGAUUAAGAUGUUGUCGAAAUGUUGCUGGUUGCGGUUCAAAAAUUUUCCCGGGAUUGUACUCGUAGAGCAGUGACCUUCAUCAUCAUAUCUUAUGAAGUUAUGAUCGAAAGCAUUGUUUGACCAGUUGCCGACAUACUUCCUCAAAUUGUUGCAUGAAUAAAUUUUUAAUUUUUCAUGUUUCAAAAA